UCCAUCGGGUUCUACUAGUCCGUCACAUCGCUGCCCCUCACACACGAUCACCUUCUUUUCGGAAUCCCGGUUGGAUAUAUCGGUGGUUAAUGCUCGCAAAUCCGAGGGUGAUGCUGAUUAGCGCGAGAGGCUGGUACUCGCAACAGUAGUAUACCCGGUGAUGCCGGCCAAGUCAGAGUACCGGAAGUGUAACGUCGCGGACAGGAAGGGGGACGAAUAGUCGCGCGAUACGAGCAAGGGAUUGAUUCCAUCGUCGAAGGUUGAGGUAAUCAGGUCGGAUUUUGCGCCAUGACGUCUAAAGCCGGUGAACUGACAGAAAACAGUAUCUGUCACUGAAUGGUCACAACGUGUCUUGGACUGACAGCAGGCUGGUGCCGGGGUUGAAGGUCACGAAGAUGCACCGGGCUAUAUGAUCUCCAGACUAUUUAGGACACUGCACAAAAUCUCGACGAAUACUCUAAAGUGCCUUGUGAAUUUCUUUCUCUCUUUCUCUCUCGUAGUGAUUGAUGUGCAUAAGAACGGUUUUGGUGAACACCAUAAAAAGUGGAGCAAACCGCUCGGAAAAUACCUAGCAAUAUUUUUUCGAUGCGUUCACAUUUUCUGCAUAAGUCAAAAAGAUUUGUUUUAUUAUCGAAACUUCAUGAGAUUCCCCACGGAGUUAAUAGCUUCACGACGUAAGAAAGAAGAAAGCGAAACUGGAUCGCGAUCGUGAUCGAGGCCGGUUGCCUUCUUGCGGCGAAGCAUCGUCUUCAGGGCACGGUGACGAUCUCCACGAUAAGGAGAUCAGGAAGUUUCUGCAAGAGGAGAACGUAUGGUUGCGCAAGUUCAGAAAGAAGCUGGCGCUGCGACGAGAAGAGAGACUUCUUUUCGCGAAGGAAGCCGGAGGUACGCAGGAAGAAAUACAAGCAAGUAGAGAAGAAGAUCUAUAAGGAUCGAAGAUCAACAAUUUCCGUCGUCGAAAGGAGAAGACGAAGCUACGAAAAAAUCUAAGAUUCGUCUCGGAGAGAACACAAAACAAAUUCGAGGAGAACGAGCGACGAUGCUAUCGAUCAUCUGAUCAUUCCUGUCGCGACGAAGGCCGAUCGUAGUUGAUCCAACCAAGGGCGACCUUGAACAAGAUGGUCACGAGGGCGCUGCUAUUACUCUCGCUGGUCCUCCUCGGUGCCUUCGAAGCCCCCGGCAUCGAGAGAACCCAUGUCCGGCACUUGGCGAUGGCCGGUAACGCUUGCAACGCCUGCAGGAUGCACGAGGAGAUCCGCGCGCUCAGUUUGGAGGCCAUCAAGGAGCAGAUCCUGAACAAGCUCGGCUUGAAACAGGCGCCCAACAUGACAGGCCGGGCGCUGCCUAGGAUCCCACCGAUCUCGAAACUGAUGGACAUGUACGGGAUGCAGGCCGAUCAGCCGCAACCACUCGAGCCUGGUAUCACACACCACGAAGAAGUUGACGAGUACACCGCCAAAACGGAGAGCGUCUUUGCCUUGGCGCAACCGCAUCAAAGGUUAAGGCACUCAAAGGGCAGCUUAGACGUGCUGUACUUUAAAUUCUCCGAUAAAGUCGUUCAGCAUCGCGUUACCAGAGCAGAAUUGUCCCUGUGGAUAUGGGGAAAUCAAGAAGCAGCGGAGCUCGGCGAGUCGAUCGAUCUGGAAAGCCAGGAUGCUGGUCCGGUGACGAUCACGUUGCAGAGGAUUCUUCGAGGGGCGACUGAGACCGGCGGGCCCCUGCUUGGUCCACCUCUCACCACGAAGCACCCUCGGCCGUUCGGACGACGGGGUGGUUGGAUCACGAUCGAGCUCAGACGAAUGGUGGCCGAGUGGUUCAAACAUCCCCGGGACAAUCUUGGUGUAGCCUUGAAGAUCACCGGACCCGGCGGGAAUCAUCGCAGGAACUCGGCCCGAUUGGUCGAGACUAAUCCCGGCGCCGAGUACGCGCCGUAUCUCGAGGUGCAGAUGCAGGAACUCGAUUCGCGAAGAAGCUCCAGGAUCAAGAGAAACGUGGGACUCAAUUGCGACGAGGCCAGCCAGGAGACUAGGUGUUGCCGGUAUAAGCUCACAGUGGAUUUUGAAAAAUUCGGCUGGGACUGGAUAAUCGCACCCAAAAAAUACGAUGCCAAUUACUGCUCGGGUGACUGUCCGAUGGCUUUUCUUCCGGCCUAUCCCAACACGCACAUCGUCAGUUUGGCGGAACCACCGAACAAUACCGGGCCAUGCUGCGCGCCUAGGAAACUGUCCGAGAUCACAAUGCUGUACUUCGACAACGAGUAUCAGAUAGUGUUCUCGCGACUGCCGGGCAUGGUAGUCGAGAAGUGCGGCUGCUCAUAGUCCACCUACGAGUCGGACGGAAUGACGGGAGCGACGUGGACGACGCCGUUGAGGGCCCCCUACGAGACAACGUCCCGCGAUGCUCUCCUUCUGAUCAAUUCCGAUAAUCAUCGUCGUUGCCCUCAUCAAUCGUCGUCAAUUGUCGUCGCCGCGUUCUCGGCGAUUCCUCAUCCGAUAGACUGAAAGUGCCUUGUUCGGAGAGUGGUCGCGCGAUGCGGAUCCCUUCGAAGCGCGAGAGAGCAGAAACGUAAAGUGCGCGGGUGGUGAUUCGCGAGGAUCUCCUCGAAGACUGUGCGCUGGAUGCCAAGGAGGGUCUCGUGUCGUAAGCGGCAGAUAUCCCGACGGUGGUCCAUGGCAAGGCGGAUAGUUCCUAGAGUCACGGUAUUAUUUUUAAGACGCCGAUACGUUUGCACCUGAUCCACGUGUACGACCUCGGGAUUAUGAGUAUCCAAGACACGGAUUUUCUAUUCCUCGAAGACAGGAGCGAGAGCUUGGGGUAUUUAUAAUACUAUGGAUUUCAAAGCUACUACGUUUUUAUAUUCGUAGAAUUCUAACACGGUUUUGUCACAAGCAGUACAAAACUUUGAAAUUUUCACUCUCGCGAGACUUUAAAUAAAUCGCAAAGAAUACAAUUCGCGAUCAUUUUCAAUAUAGCUAAAUUGUGUUCAAAAAAUGUAUUCUUGCCUCUUUCAUUUCUUUAUAUCUGAAACAAGAUACACUAAUCGAGAUCGUCGACGAUCGAUGGAAACGUGUUGGCCAACAGAUCUCGGUGUACAGUAAAAUCGUUGUUCUUCUAAUGGUUUUCCCUCUCCCCUUCCCUCAUCCUCCCUCGUUUUUCUACAAUAUUAUAUAUAGUUUUUGUCAUUAUGAUCGUUUUUUUUAGCAAAUUGUGAGAGUGCGUGUGCGAGAGAGCGUGUCGAAUUAUGUAAAUAAAUUGUAACAGGCAAGAGAGUGUAUUGCUUCGCUAAGACUCCUGGGUUCUGGAAGGAUCCGACAAGGAUCUGGUAUAUCGGUGGCUCUGUCCUCCGAUUUUUUAAAACGCGAGUACGAUUUUAAAUAAAUUGUAAUUACACACACGGCGCGAUAUCCGGCGUUCGAAAUUCUUUUAUACGGCGGAAAUUGGAAAUUUCGCAUAUUUACGAUCGCGAAAAGUAUCGAACGUUUCUUUCUAGAUAAAUAUUAUUCGCGCAACGAACGCGAAAUGCGCCCGAUUUUCAUGGCUUUCUUCAUGAUUUAUUAAGUAUUAAUAGCUGCAUUUUAACGCGUCGGGAGAUGCAUUUAUUAAGAAGGGAUAACGACGUUCUUUUUUUUUGGCAUGUGUCCCUUCUUGUUUCACGCAUUAUGUAACGUUAAAAGAUUUACAAGUAUAUUUUCGGAUGAGAUUAUCCCAAGGAUCCCUUGACAAGUAGCGUAAUCUGAAGUCCGAUUAGUUUUCAUAGAUUCAUUAGGAUUCG